CUUGUCACUGUUGUCGUCGUCGUCGAUGGGUCUCUCGUUCUCGUCUCUAUUCACGUCCUUGUACACGCUGGUUCGAUGGAGCAAGGAUCAAGAUGUCCGUAUUCUCAUGCUAGGCCUUGAUUCUGCUGGAAAGACCACCAUUCUCUACAGACUUCAGAUUGGUGAAGUCGUUGCAACGAUACCAACCAUCGGCUUCAAUGUCGAAACGGUGCAGUACAAAAAUAUCAAAUUCCAGGUUUGGGAUUUGGGGGGACAGUCGAGUAUACGGCCCUACUGGCGGUGCUAUUUCCCCAACACGUCAGCUAUCAUUUACGUCAUCGACUCCUCCGACAGCGCACGCUUGUCAACCUCUAGAACGGAGCUGCUGACCAUGUUGUCUGAAGAGGAACUAAAAGGCGUACCCCUGCUCGUCUUCUGUAAUAAACAAGACGUGGAUGGCGCUCUCAAACCUGAAGAGAUCAGCGAGCAACUCGGAUUGGCUGGUGGUGAGAAAUCAAGACCGUGGAGUGUGAGAGGAAGUUGUGCGACGAAAGGAGAGGGUCUUGAAGAGGGUUUGGAUUGGCUGGUGAAUGCAAUGCAGCAGAAGUAGAUCCUACACAUCUCCAUUGGACCCUCACGCUGAUCACGUCUACACGAUUGUACCGCAAAUCUUCACUACCUGUCUACCAUUGUGAUAUCGUUCUUGGGAUACCUUAAUUGUAAUCUAUUCAUCAUAUUU